GUCAGCUGAUGGGCCGCUCGCCGCGGAGGCCGCAGCCGCCGCUGCCGCGCGAACAUGGCGGCCGAGAUCCACUCCAGGCCACAGAGCAGCCGCCCGGUGCUGCUGAGCAAGAUCGAGGGGCACCAGGACGCUGUCACGGCCGCGCAGCUUAUCCCCAAGGAGGACGGCGUGAUCACUGCCAGCGAGGACAGAACUAUCCGAGUAUGGCUGAAAAGAGACAGCGGUCAGUACUGGCCCAGCAUUUACCACACGAUGGCUUCUCCUUGCUCUGCUAUGGCUUACCAUCAUGAUAGCAGACGGAUAUUUGUGGGCCAGGAUAACGGAGCCGUGAUGGAAUUUCAUAUUUCUGAAGAUUUUAAUAAAAUGAACUUUAUCAAGACCUACCCAGCUCAUCAGAACCGGGUGUCUGCGAUUAUCUUCAGCCUGGCUGCGGAGUGGGUGAUCAGCACUGGCCACGACAAGUGUGUCAGCUGGAUGUGCACCCGCAGUGGAAACAUGCUCGGGAAGCACUUCUUCACUUCCUGGGCUUCGUGUUUACAAUAUGAUUUUGAUACUCAGUAUGCUUUUGUUGGUGACUAUUCUGGACAGAUCACCUUGCUGAAGCUCGAACAGAACACCUGUUCAGUUAUUACAACCCUUAAAGGACAUGAAGGUGGCAUCGCCUGCCUCUGGUGGGAGCCCAUUCAGCGGUUGCUCUUCUCGGGAGCCUCUGACAACAGCAUCAUCAUGUGGGACAUCGGAGGAAGGAAAGGCCGCACGCUCUUGCUCCAGGGACAUCAUGACAGGGUGCAGUCGCUGUGUUACCUUCAGCUCACGAGGCAGCUGGUCUCCUGUUCCUCGGACGGCGGAAUCGCGGUGUGGAACAUGGACGUUAGCAGAGAGGAGGCUCCUCAGUGGUUAGAAAGUGAUUCUUGUCAGAAGUGUGAGCAGCCCUUUUUCUGGAAUAUAAAGCAGAUGUGGGACACGAAGACACUGGGGUUGAGACAGCAUCACUGCAGGAAGUGCGGGCAGGCUGUCUGUGGGAAGUGCAGCAGCAAGCGCUCCAGCUACCCUGUCAUGGGCUUCGAGUUCCAGGUCCGCGUGUGUGAUUCUUGCUACGACUCCAUCAAGGACGAGGAUCGGACUUCUCUAGCAACCUUUCAUGAAGGAAAACAUAACAUCUCCCACAUGUCCAUGGACGUCGCUAGGGGCCUGAUGGUGACCUGCGGGACCGACCGCGUGGUGAAGAUUUGGGACAUGACGCCCGUGGUGGGCUGCAGCCUGGCGACCGGCUUCUCUCCACAUUGAUCCGGGAGCCUGACGGGGUCUGCGCCUUCCCAGCAGCCGCCUUCACCACAUGCGAUGCUUCCCCGUAGCUCCGCAGUCGCUGUCAUGUGAAUGGACAGCGGCCACUAAAAAAAAACAAAGCAACAUUUUUAUAAAGAAAAAAAA